AGGACAGCCUUGAGCCCCUUCUGUUGCCUCUGGGCUCUUCCACCUUCCCCACAUGCCCCUCUGGGCUCAAAAGCUUCUGUUUUGGGCUUACAGUCCAGGGGCUGCCUCUUUAUCAGCUGUAGCUGAGCUCCUGGGUUCUGCCAGCUCGCUUCCCCUCUCCUGGAGGACUUGAUGAGCUGGGAGCUCCCCCUUUGAAGGUUUUUUUCAGACAACCAUUCCUCCUCGUUUCUUCCAACUGAUUCAUACAGCCCCAGUUCUCUCUGAACUGGUAGCAGGUGCCCUCCUGUGGCUCCUGAACUUGUUUCUUCCCCUUUUUUCCCACGUUCAGCCCUGAGGGAGUGGGAAAGAGUAGGUGAGGGUGAGAGGUUCUUGCCUGACCCCUCAAGCCCCCUCUACACGCUGCCUCCACCCCCAUGUCCCUGCAUCCCUGUUGUGUGCUGGGGCAGUGGGAAAACACUCAAUCCCAGGGGCGUUCAACGCUGUGUGCUGCAGAAUUUGCGGUGGGGCUCUCCUUUUGGAGCUCUCUGUGUAUUUUUGCAUCACCUCAGGGCCCUGCCCGUGUCCUUUGGCUCCCGCAGGGCUCUGCCCUGCCUUGCCUGCCCUGCGGGGGGGUGGGUGCUCAGCACGGGGUGGACCCUGCUCUCCCUGCACCCCCUAACGCUGAGGGCACGAGAAAUGGAGACGGGAAAAACCCUGAGUGGUGGUCCCACAGCCCGGAGUGGUGAAGGUUUCUUUUAAACCCCCAACUCUUUCACCUCUGCCUGGUUGGCAGCAGGUUACAUGUGGUUAUUGGUAUACCUCUGAUUUCCUGAGAGGGGUUUAGCAGGGGGAAAAUAUGCCAGGAGAAAAUGUGCCAGGAGAAUCUGGUGUGCUGGGAGAAACUGGUGCACCUUUUGGGGGAAUUGAGCUCUUGGGGGGCCACAAGACGUGGGAGCUCUUCACAUAGAGAGCUUCAGCCUGUGCAGCAGGGCUGGAGGAGGAGACGUGGCUUCACCUACAGAUGUUUUACAGCCUACAGCUGUUAAAUAACGGUCUGUAAGACAGAUCUCUAAGGCACACGACGUUAUAUCCAGCUUUUGCAGCUGCAGAGUUCCCUGAGCCUGCUGCACCCCACAGCCCCCGGCCUCGUGGUGCGAGUCGUGCCCGGCGUCCUGGUGCCCCGUGCCGAGCCCAGCCCCGUGUCGGGGCCUGAGUGACGGCGACAGGAGGCGGUGGCACCCGGUGCCGGUCCCGGUCCCAGCCCUGCCACAGGCCACGCUGCGCCCCAGGUCUGCCAUGCUUGCCCUUCCCCUCCUCGUCCUCCUGGCCUCCGCCGGGACAGGCCCAGCGGCCGGCCUGGCUGUCAUAGCCCGCACGCUCUUCCCGUGCUACUCUGCCGACCUCAAGCCGGUGUCCGAGGUCCUGGUCUCGGCCAGGGGCUGCACUGUGCUCUUCAGCGUCGAGCCGAGGGCAGCCGGCACCACGGCGUCCUGGGAGUACGAGUCCGGCGCGCGCAAGGAGCUCAUCGCCACGUUGGUUCCCAACAAGUCGGCCGAGAUCUCCCGCGCCUACGUGGGCCACGCCAGGCUCAGCGAGAUGGACUUCUCGCUGCAGCUGGUGCUGCGCUGGUGGAACGGGGGGUUCUACCGCUUCCGCUCCGAGUCGGAGGCCACGGGCUGGUUGGAGCUGCGCGUGGUCGAGCCGCUCUCCGAGCCAGAAAUCCUGGGCAACUCCUUCGUGGAGGUGGGAGGCGACACCAAGCUGUACUGCAACGUGCUGGAGGGGCAGGUGGACGUGUACUGGUGGAAGAGGAACGGGGAGCUGCUGAUGGAGAGCAACGGCCUCCAGUUCAUCCACAACAACACGCUGGAGAUCCACCGAGCCCUGAUGAACGACACCGGCUACUACACGUGCAUAGUCAGCAACGCGGUCAGCCACAACGAAACCUCCUUCCUGCUGCGCGUCCACAGCAACGACAAGGCGUUUUUACCCAUCAUCCUGGUGUUCGUUAGCAUCGGCUUGCUGGCAGGGAUCUUCGUCUGGUGCAGGUUGAGGAGGAGCCAAGACGAUAGCUCCAGAAGCAGCCCAAAAAUCAGAGCAGAGCAGGGUCUCUCCCAGAGGAGGAACACUCAGCGUCCCCAAAGCACCUCUGCGGCUCAGACGCUGGCUGCCGGUAGUUUCUGACAAUUUAGCACUGGAAAAGCCAGAGGUUUCAUUGUCCUCAGCAUUAUCCCUAUGGAGAUACCUCUUGGGAGAGUGGAAGCUCAUCCAGGAGCGGGUGAAAUCAUGCCCCACGGUGGGAGUGA